CCUAAUGUAUAUAGAGUCUAGAUGUAGGUCUAGUGAGUACGCACGAAGAUCGUAAGAAAGAUUCGAAUACAUUAUUGUUUUAUGGAGUUUUUUCAUCUCCAUCUGUGUUGUAACUAAACUUCCGGUGGGUUUAGCUAGUUAUAGAGUAGGUCUGGACUACUGGGACACAACAAAUAUGAAAUAAUGAAGCUACAUCCAAAAAUUAUAACUGGAACUCUUCAUGCUCACAACAAAGAGGCAAGCGAUUGGGGAUGGCAAGGUUACCUAGCAUAUGGCUGUCAAAAUCUUGUGACUGUUGUUGAUCCCAGGACAGUUCAGGUUAUUCAAGUUCUAGACAAACAUAAAGGUGUGGUAACACAGGUGAAAUGGGCACACGAACAGUACCACCAUGAUCUGAACUCUCCUUAUACUCUCAGACUGGCAUCCUCUGAUACUUUGGGGCAUAUCAUUGUAUGGGAUGUUGGCAUGGGUGUUGUAAGGUCAUCAUUUGAAGAUGGAAACAAACCUAUUUUAGGGUUGCAAUGGCUGAGCAAUCAAGAUGCUUGUCGUGAUCUCUUGGUGUGUCUUCAUCCUCCAUACUCACUCAUUGUGUGGAAUGCAGACACAGGAACUAAACUGUGGAAAAAGUCAUACACAGAAAAUCUUUUAAGUUUUACUUUUGAUCCAUUUAACAGUAAAAAUUUAGCCUUUUUGGGCCAAGACAGUAUAUUGUUUGUAUCAGAUUUCACCAUCAACAAAUCACCAUCUAGCAAUGGGAAAAAAUUCUACAUAUCUAACCCAACACAAACAUCAAAUUUGCCAAGGUCUUCUAGCAAUAACAAUUUAGAAAGAAAAGCAUCAGCAUCUUCAAUUUCCUCAUCUAAAAAUCUGGCCAAAAGAAUGAGUCAAAUUUUAGUUGGAGAAGCGAAACCUAAAACUGCCAAUGAUGAUGAGAAUGUAACUCUAAAUGAAUGUUUGCAACUUUGUUUUCAUCAUUCAUGUCGCCACCAUCUCAUGUUGCUUUAUCCAAGGGAAAUGCUCAUUCUUGAUCUUGAGAUAAAUCAAACAGUUGGAAUUAUAGCAUUGGACAGAUCUAGCUCUUCAUUUUCAAAAGUGAUAACAUGUUGGCAGAGAGAUGUUCUUAUGUGUGUUCAUGAAAAUGGAAGUGUUUCAGUUCGAGUCAGACGGAGGAAUAAUUCUGUUGAUACACCUGCUCCUGAAGGACAUGGUGCAUUUGAUGAUACUCCUACACAACUCUCCAUGGAAGUGGCUUAUGACCUUCGCUGUCAGUCUGAUCCACUUCGAGUGACAAGACAUAACAAGUUGUUUUGCUCUGCCCUGUGUCCUGUUUCUGAAAAGAUGAUAGCCUUAGUCAUGAGUGACAGUCGUGUUAUGUUUUGGGAAUUAAUAGCACAACAGUUUGCAGUGGAUGGAUCCACAUUAAAUGGACCAAUCUGGAAUGUCAGUUAUCCUAAUUUGGAAAAUGUUUCAUUUCCUGUUCUAAGUGAUAUCCCACAUCCUCAACUGUGCUUAGCUGAUUCGAUCGGAACAUCUCAAACAACAGAACCAGGGAUUGACCCAGUUGGUAAACCAGUCCAUCUGAAGUUUCUUCUUACUGGUUUGGUGAGUGGUAUAUCUCCUCAUGUUACAGUCAUGAAGAUGUGUCCUCCUUUAACUAAUAAAAACAUGGAUAUCUACCAACCUUUGAUUGCCUUAGGUACCCACUCUGGGGCUAUCCAGGUUGUUAAUGCAGCUAGUGGUCAGAUAGAGAGAGAAUAUAAUCUACACUCUAGUCCUGUAAGGGGUGUAGAGUGGACUGGAUUAAAAACAUUUAUAUCCUUUGCAUAUCCUAACCCUGGCCCAACCAGCUUAGUUAAAAAUGAACUAAUUUGUGUGGAUACCACAACUGGCAAGCAAGAGCAUCUGAGAACUAAUAAAGAAAAUGAAUCACCAAUAGAACUUCUUGUUGUCUCACAACUCAAGCAAUACUUUGUGCUCAUUUUUAAAGACAAGCCUUUGGAACUGUGGGAUUUGAAUACACAAUCAAUCAUUAGAGAACUUCCUCGGAACUUUCCAAGACCUACAACAGUUGUUUGGUCACCAUCUCAUAGUCUAAGAACUUUAAGGAAAAAACUUUUAGACUUUGGAGAAGAAGACAAAUCUUCAGCUACUAAUCCUCAGUACAAAAUCUCAUCUGGAGAUUCAGUGGAGGAUAAAGAUAAAAAGAACCAGAAAUCCAAUAUAAGAGAACAUUUUGUUAUGACGGACAAAGAGGGAACAGUUUUUCAUUUCAUUGUUGAAGCAGCUGCAAUAUCUGAUGUCACCAAAAUACCUCCAGAAAGUGGGUUGAAUAGAAUAACUGCAUUAGCCUGGAAGUCUGAUUAUCUUUUGUUUGGAGAUUCAGAAGGCUAUCAGUGUUUGUGGGAUUUGAAAGCAAAGAUAUCCAGAACUACUCCCACCAAUAGAGGAUGGAUAAAGAAAAUUCGCUUUGCUCCAGGCAGAGAUAAUUUUAAGUUUUUUACAUUACACAAUGAUGGUGUUGUGAUUUGGGACAUUGCUGCAGAAGGAAAGUCCUCAGUAUUGCAUUCAAUUAAAAGCCCUAAAGACAUCAGUAAAGUAAUUGAUAUAGACUGGGCUGGAUCUGACAGGCCUGCACUAGUUACCUCCCAUAGCACUGUACAUAUUUGUGAUCUUACCAUGAAGUCAGCCACAUCAGGGGUAGAAAACUGGGACUUACCUGAGCCAAUGUUUAGUCCUCACCUGCUACCAGCUCGUUUAUCACAGAUGAUCAAAUGUUUGCUCCAGCAUCAGGAAUGGCGAGAGAAAUAUUCAUUAUCUGUGUCAGGCUUACUUGAACAUGAUCGACCCACACAGAAACGAGUUAAUGCACAAUUUCAGUUAAUUGAAAAAGAACUAACUGAUUACCUACCUCAUGCCAAAUUUGGUAUAGCGCACAGAUGUCUCCUUACAGCCAGACUGUUUGGUGAUGAAUUAGAUGUUCACUUCUGGACAGUGGCACUCCAUUACUUAAGAAGUUAUAAAAUUCAAGGACCUAUCAAGUCUGACAGUAGCUUUGACCUGAAUGGGGAACUAUUUAUACCCCCCACUCCAGCAUAUAAAGAGGCACAUGACCUUGUUGUACUGGAUGAGGAUGAUGUUAAUCUGAAAACAAGAAUAGCAUUAUUUAAAGAUCAGCCUCUGGAAAGAUGUUAUGACACUUUAUGUGAUAACCAAAGAUUUAAGAAAUACCAGCUGGACCGUGUACAUCUCCAAGAUAGUAAGAGAGCAACAACUGAACACACCCAGAAAUGUGCAGACAGCUACAUGCAGCUAGGGCAGAGUGACAGAGCAGUUCAACUUUUAUUGGAAACUGAAUCAGACUCUGACAACUACUACAUUGAUUGUCUCAAAGCUUGUUUAGUGGCAAGCAUUAGAUCCUCAGGGGCAUCCCAGAGUACAAUCAAAUUAGUAGCGACAAACCUCAUAGCCAGCGGUCGUCUCACUGAGGGUGUCCAGUUGUUAUGUUUGAUUAAUAAAGGUCUGGAUGCUUGUCGCUAUUUACAAACAUAUGGUUCUUGGGACCAUGCUGUUUGGCUGGCUAAGUCAAGUUUAGAGCCAGGUGAUUGUGCUGAAGUCAUGAAACGCUGGGCAGAAUAUCUGAAUAGUACACAAGUGAAUCAGAAGCAUAAGUCAGUUCUUGUUCUGCUCAGCCUUGGCCAGUUUUAUAAGGUAUUGGAACUGCUGUACAGUAUGAGGAAUUUUGAUACAGCGGCUCUGUUCUUGGAGUCAUGCGAACAGUUUGGUUUACUGAAGAAUGUUGAGCAAACUAAGUCUCUGUUUGAAGCAAUCUAUUUGGAAUAUGCCCGUUACCUUAUCAAUCUUGGAUUAGGUCAAGCUGCAGAAUAUUAUUGUCACAAAGCUGGUGAUAAAGGACAACAGUUACUUAAGGAAGUGGAAAUUUUAUUUUCCUCAAGCUAAUAUUAUCUACAGAAUUGAAUUAGAAUUGGAUUGAAAAAUUGUUACUGGUAGUUGCAAUUUCCCAUGUCAAUUUUCAGGUUAAAAGAAUUGUUUUUUUUUUACCAUUGUUAAACUAACUAUUUUUUCAAACUUUGAAUCUUUUGUGCAGAAUAGCCCUGAACUGAAAGGUUUGAUAAUGUUUUUUUAGUUACAUUCUAGACAUUAAAUCCUAUAGUUCUUUGCCCAAAUGAAUAGGCUAAAUUUUUAUUGUGGACAAAAAUGAUUUCCUGGAGUUUAAUCAAGCUUCUAAUUGAUACUUAGUCUGAGCUUGACAAUGUGAUUUGUUUUCUCUCUCAAAUGUUGAUAUGAUUAAAGCUUUUUUUGGCAAACAUUCCUAGUCAUCAGAAAUUUAUUUCAACCAACGAAAAAGAAAAAAAAUUAUUUGAUGGUGUUCAAUUUCAUAACCAUAACUAGGUUACAAAGACAGUUUGUGUUGAAACACUAACUCAAAAUCGGCCCCCGAAGUGGUCAACCCAGGCAAGUAAAAAGGCAGGUAUCAAUAUUUUCAGAAAGAACAUCAGAAUUAAAUUCUAUCAAAGACAAAUGACAGAGAAGAAUGGAGAAAGAAGGUUGACAGUGCCCCAGCUGUCCAGCAGACCAAAGGAUAGGUGAAAGUGAAUGUGAAGUUAAAUGUGAACCUGGCCUAAUUGAUGUCUUAUAAUGAAUAUCUAAUUGAUCUAAUUGUUUUGUAAAGGGUCAAUCUCUUAUUCAAAUCCUAAAAAAGAAAAAAAACAUUUCGGUAAAAAAAUUAAUUUUAAAAAAACUUUGGUUGAGUGUUCUGCAGUUCACACAAUAAUAUGAAAAACUACUUAUUAAUUGUUGUUUUAAAUUAUGUCCAACUUAUAUGCAUACUAAAUAGAUUUUUUUCUCUUAAAAAAAAAGUAAACAUUAUUUUUGGGUAAAUGUAGUAGUUAGAAGGACAGAACUUACAUAAUGUAACAUUUGCAUAAAUGUGUUAAAAAUAUUGCAAAUAGUCAUCUCCCCUACUAAAGAGCCUCCUGUGUUUGUUACUAUUAAUAGUGAAUAGUUGUAAAAGUGGUGUAUUUUUAUGAAAAAACUGCUUGCAUAAGUGAUUUAAAAAUUUAGAUUUUUCACUUUUAGAAAAGAAAAAAGUACCAUUGCAUCAGAACUUUGACUGGACUAAAAUAUUAUGAGGUCAGAUUUUCACUAUCUUUUCUAGUUUAUGAGAUCUAAACGGGAUGGACGGACAGACAUUUCACACAAAACUAAUGUCUUUUUCCCUUUCGGGGGGCCGCUAAAGAUACAUUUAUUUGAUUUGUACAUAAUGACUAAACUAGAUUGAAAUUUAGUUAACCUAAUCUGCAAGUAUUCAAUAAUUUUAUUUCAUUGAAGAAAAUGACUAAAAAAUUAGAAAUGUUAUUAUGUUGCUUUUGUUGAUUUUUGUUUGUAAUAAAAUUUUAAUUAAAUAUUGUAUAAUAAAGUUGUAAUGCUUGUGAUAUGUUGUUUUGUGAUUACCUGCAUUUCAGCUUGCACUUGUAUUUAAUAUACAACUAAAGUUUCAUCCCUUUACAAUUUGAAUUGAGUUAACAGUGGGUCUAUUAGUUUAUUAGUCUAGUGUUUCAAGAUGUCAAACCCUUGAUUAGAGGAUGUUUGACCCAACUUUUACAUCACCUGACUUUUUAGAAAUAGUUUAAGGCAUUACUUUGCUAAAAAUUAUAGACCCAUGUAACAUGAAGAAAUUAGUGAAACCCCCUCAAACUAGAACAGAAGGAUUUAUAUAGAAUUUCUUGUUUUAUAUGGUGAAAACAUCUUAAAUGUAUAUUUAAAGGAACUAUUCAUUGUCAUUCAGUCUGUGUUGAGUUUUUUUUUUGUUUGUUGAUUUCAUUAUAUUUGCUUGUUUACAAUGUGACUAUGUCCUUGAGAUGAUUAAAAAAAAAAAGGUCAAUUAAAAUUGUUUGUGAUUUAAUUAUUUAAUACUGUAGAUGUUAUGCUCAUGUAUUAACAGUUAUUGUAUUUCUUGCUUCUGUAUGCUUCAAAGUUUGAAUGUGUGUGAAAUCAGCAUUAUUAGAACAUUUAUACAACUGAUGAAACAUUUGACCUAUACAAAUAAUAAACAGAAUUGAUUGAGUUUAACAGAUGAUUUAAACAUUGAAAAAUAUAUUUGUAAAACUUUUAAGACAAAUUUGAAAAUUUUUUUUAGGAAAACGUUUUCAUGCUUUGAAUGUAUUAUUAAUAUAUUUCUUGUUAGGUUAAAUUUGUUGAUGAAAAGUGUGCACUGCUUAUUUAAAACGAUUGCAUAACAUCAUAAAGUAUACAAAUAUAUUACAUUAAAUCUAUUCACUUAUAUCAAGUAGUCAAUGACAUAUUUAAUGCUACCAAUGAUCUUUGUUUUCAUCCUUUAUUUGUGCUAACAAAAUGUUUCUCCCAUUCUAUAGCCAAGAUCACUGGACUAGAUAUUUUUUCUAGAAAUAUUAGUGAGCAGCAACCCUUUUUAUUUUUAAAGUUAUUAUGAUAAGAAACAAAAGUAACCAGGGUUCAUGUAAAAACAGUUUAGCCUUUUUUUUUAUGUCUUUCAUCCAUGAAAUGAAGCAUUAUACGUUUGACAUGUAUGUGAAAUGUAUGUUUUCUAAAUGUGUUAUUUUAACACAUUUGCUAUCUGUUUUGUUGUGUAUUGGAGUGGACCAAAAUAUUUCCACUUAUUAAUGCCAUUUAUUAUCUAUACACUUUAUAAUUUAGACUAAAUGUGAUACAUCCAUACAUGCAUUUUAUGAAUCAAUAAAAAGUUUGGUUUUAGGCUCA